GGGCAUCGCUUCCUUGCGAUUGCAAUCGGGCCACUCGCCUUAUUUGAGGUUCUGUUCUAGCGGUUUUCGACGCCGCCUGUCAGGCUAGCUCAGCAUCGGCGCGGUGACACAAACGCUGCGCUUCCUGUCUGAUGUCGCCGCCUUUGAUGUGGAUUUCUUCUUCUUUUGUCCAAUUCUUUUCUUUCAAGCUCUUCCACAAUCGGGGCUUUUUGUUUUUCCUUUUGAAAGGAAAAUCCCUUUCAGAUGGAGAAACGCCGAGAUCAUCCCACUGGGAAAAGAUACAAAUAGAACUCAAAUUUGACUCAGUAUGGAUAGGUUCCAGAUGACGUCACCACAGUCCCAGGAUUCCCUUUUUCUACGACGUCGUAACUCGGAGACCAAUCGGAUAAAUUCAGCUUUGUUCUCUGACCUCUGUGACACACAAGAUGGCGGCCGUCGCAAGGCACGACGAGUUCAUUAGAAACCUAUCAAUUGCUGUGAUUUCUGCCGUCGUCCAUCCGAGCCGCUUAUCCUCACGCGGGUGACGGGAGCGCUAGAGGCCUGUCCCGGCCAACUUGGGGCCAAAGGUAAGAAUACACCCUGAACUGGCGGAUGUCGACACCCUAGCGAAGCGGGAAUCGACCCCACGCCUCCUGAACCAAAGGCACUAUGAACACCAGUAAAAAAGAGAUGCAAAAAAAAAACAAAAAAAAAAACACGGCGUAGACAAAGUGAAAGGUCGAGAUGGAAUGGAAGAAAGACGGAUGGAUGGAGGAGUGGAAGAAAGACAUGGGUUGUAGAUGGAGAGGGAUAGGGAGAAAGAGAUAGAAGGAUGAAGAGAUGGAUUGAUGGGGAGGGGCAUGAGUCAUUGCUGGAUGGAUAGAGCGAGAGAUGACAGAAAUAGAUGGAGAGAAAACAGAUGAGAGAGAGAGCGAGAGAGAGGGAUGAACAAUCAAGAAAGUAUAAAGUGACAAAAGGCACACAUCUAAAAGAGAAAAAGGACAGAAGUGGGUGAUUGCUGGAUGGAGAGAUGGAUUGAUAAUGGAUGAGAGGAGCAGAAAGAUGCUGAGACAGAGGGAGGAUGAAGAUCCAACAUGAUGGAAGGAGAGAUACAACAUAUAGAAGGAUGGAAAAUGAUUUGUUGUCAUCGUCGUCUUCCUCAUCAGGUUCUCUUCCGGGAGGGUGCGUUGAAUUCGUUGCCAAUGACAUCAGCUGAGCGGUGAGUGUGCAGAAAAAGAAGGGCGGGAGGGGGGGGGGGGCAGCAGCCAGAGCCACUCCUUGUCCUCCUCAUUCGCGCACCGACUGCGGCGCAAGCAACAUCGCGACACAGAAGAAAAAAGGAAAGGAAGACGCAGAAGGACAGAAAGAAGAGAGCGAGAGAGGAAGGCCGCCGCGAGGAUGUCCGCCCUGGUGCAACGCGCGGCGGUGGCGGUGGCGGUGGCGGCGGCGGCGACGGCGACGGCCGACGCAAUGCCGCCGAUGACGGAGCCCGAGCCGGCCGCGGUGACGCCGGCCGCGGCCAGCCCCGCUCGCCACUUCGUCGACACGAAAUUUUACCUGCUGGUGGUCCUCGGCGAGGUGGUCGCGGAGGACAACCUCAAGUGCGCCGUGGCCGACAUCGAGAGGGGCAUUCGCUCGUGGGACGCAAAUCUGAUGGACUGCAACCUGGACCAGGAACUCAAACUUUUUGUCUCCAGACACUCGGCGCGUUUCUCCUCAGAUGUCAAAGGGCAGCGAAUUCUUCAUCAUAAAAGCAACGUGCUGGAGACGGUGGUGCUCAUCAACCCUGCGGACGAAACCGUCAGCACCGAGGUCCGACUGAUGAUCUCCGACUCCGCCAGGCACAAGCUUCUUGUCCUGUCGGGCCAAUGCACCGAAAGCACCGGCGAGCUCAUACUUCAGUCCGGAUCGUUCUCCUUCUCCAAAUUCAUCGACAUAUUCACGGACCAAGAGAUUGGCGAACUGCUGAGCACCAUCCACCCGGAAAACAAAGCCAACCUGACGCUCUACUGCCCCGAUCAAGGCGACUGGAAAAACUCUAACCUAGACAAACACAACCUACAGGACUUCAUCAACAUGAAGCUGAACUCGACACUCAUUCUCCCUGAAAUGGAGGGCCUCUCCGAGUUCACUGAGUACCUGUCGGAAUCCGUCGAGAUCCCGACGCCUUUCGACAUGCUCGAACCUCCGGCCUCCGGCGGAUUCCUUAAGCUCUCCAAGCCGUGCUGCUACAUCUUCCCCGGCGGCCACGGCGACUCGGCUCUCUUUGCCGUCAACGGGUUCAACAUGCUCAUCAACGGCGGCUCCGACAGGAAGUCCUGUUUCUGGAAGCUGGUGAGGCACCUGGACCGCGUGGACUCCGUCCUGCUAACCCACAUCGGCGAUGACAACCUGCCGGGCAUCAACAGCAUGCUGCAAAGAAAGAUUGCGGAGCUGGAGGAGGAGCAGUCACAGGAUUCGACGGCAAACAGCGACUGGGUGAAGAACAUGAUCUCGCCGGAUAUCGGCGUUGUGUUUGUGAAUCUUCCGGAAAAUUUGGAAAGCCCUGAACCUAAUUACAGAGUGCGCAGGAAUCUCGAGGAGGCGGCCGCUACUCAACAAUUCCUCACUAAGCUGAACCUGAGAAUGGAACCACUGCAGCGGCCCGUCGGGAACACGAUCGAACCCAUUAUCCUUUUCCAGAAGAUGGGCGUGGGGAAGCUCGAGAUGUACGUCCUCAAUCCGGCAAAGAACAGCAAUGAGAUGCAGCAUUUUAUGAAGCAGUGGACAGGAAGCCAAAAGGACACGGCUUCCAUGCUGCUGCCAAACGGGAAAGAGUCAGAGUUCCCCAUUUCGUACUUGACUUCUAUAAGCUCACUCAUCGUGUGGCACCCCGCGAACCCCUCGGAGAAAGUGGUACGCGUUCUCUUUCCGGGAAACGCCACCCAGCGGCACAUCUUUGAAGGCUUGGAAAAGCUAAAACACCUGGAUUUCUUGAAGCAGGCUGUCGUCACUCAAAAAGCAAUGUCCGUCGACGUGCCGGCCACGCCGACGCCCAAGCAAGCCAAGAUGAAAAACAGAACGGACAGCAAAGAGAGCCUGAAGUCCACCCCGAAGCAGUCACCAAGCAAAGCUGUCAGGAAGGAAUCCAAGGAGGAGGUGGCCGAGAAAGCCAAGGCGGAUGCAGAUGAACUGUCUCACGAAAAGCAACAAAAGGCAGAGAAGAAAGAAAAGACCGCACUGAAGAAGGAACGUUCACAAGCCCCCGAGAAAGAACUGAGGGCAAAACCGGACCAAACGUCCCAGAAAGAAACACUGGAAAAAAAGACGACUCUCACCAAAGUGAAACCUGAAAAGGAGAGGAUUGGCAAAAAAGACAUGAAAAUAUCUCCAGAGAAGAAGAAGGAGGUUAAAAAAGAUGUGGCCAAAAAAGAGGACACGCCUAAGAGAGAGAUUAAGAAAGAUGAACGGGUGAAGAGGGAGGAAGCGAAGAAAAGGGAUGUGAAAAAGGACAUCAGGAGAGAUUCGCCCAUGAAGGAGAAAAAGGAUGAAAAGCGGGAGCCGAAGAAGGAUGUUAAAAAGCUGACAAAAGACACCAAAAAGCUUUCUGCUCCCGGUGAAGACAAAGGCCAGUCCCUGAAACCAAAGCUCCUGAAAAAAGAGGUUUCAAAGAAAGACGCAGGCACGCCCUCAAAGAUGAAACCCAAAGGAGGUUCCAAAACAUCAAAGGUGGAAGCUCCCAAAAUUGCCACAGAUAAAGUUGCGCCGACAGUGGACCCCGAGGCAGAAAGGGCCGCUAUGUCUUCCCCCGAGGACCUCACGAAGGACUUUGAAGAGCUUCGAGCGGAAGAUCUGGUGGACGAUGCGGCGGCCGUGCCAGACGCUGUCCAAGAAGAGGCUGCAAUGAGCUGCUAUAAAGUCUCCACGCAGACCAAACCCUCCCCCGAGGCACCGGAGUCUGUUGAUGAGGGUUUCGCCACAACAGACGCUGAAGGAGAAAGUGGAGCCGCACCAGCCGAACAAGCUCUCAAGGGAAAACCCAACGGCGGUGGGGGUGAGAAGUUUGAAGGGGAGUGCGUGGCGGAAGAAGCAUCCGAUGGAGGCGAUUACCAAGACAAAGGGGAAACCGAGAAGGUUCACGAGCCACAAAAACUGUCAUCAAAUCAAGAUGAGCCCUGCGAAAGUCUUGAUGACGGUGAACUUGGAGAUGAUCAGCAAAUAGGCGAAAGCACAACUGAGAACGAGAAACGGAGUUCUUCAACCUCACCCAAGGAGUCAUCGCCCGUUUCCCCCGCCGCGUCCAUCCAUGAUGAAAUACUCCCGACUGGCAUAGAGAGUUCGACUGCCUCAGACGACGCGCCCGAGGAGUUCACAGUCACCUCUGGCCUCACCCAGUCCACAAUUGAGAUCUCCAGUGUGCCGACUCCCAUGGAUGAGAUGCUGACUCCGAGGGACGGCUUCAGCGACGAAACGGGCAAUGACGGGACGGACUUGGCAUCGCCGGAGGUCAGCAGAUUUGGAAUAUCCCAAUCUGGAGAGGGUGACAAGAACAAACUACCUCUACUCCAGAGUAGAACUAGUCCAGAUUACUCCAAGAGCGAUGCAACGGAGGGCCAAGACUACAACCACACCGCUUCGACAAUCUCUCCACCGUCGUUAUUAGAAGAGGACAGAAUUCUUGGUGAAAGGAAAGCAGGAAGCCUGACCGCACUUCAAGAAACAUCUGAAAAGCAGGCCACAGAAUCUGCAAGGCUGGCUUCAACAUCACCAUUUGUGCAUUCUCCCACAAGUGACCAAAAGUACAAAUUGGAGUCCCCAUCAAUGUUUUCCACCCCUAUUGAACUAUCGACCACCUUAGCAGGGUGCACUAGAGCAACAGGUGACUCCACCCUCAGCCCAGAAGACAAAACAUUGGAAGGCGCCAGCUCCCCGCAGUCCUCCGGUCAUACACCCUAUUAUCAGUCCCCUGUCGAAGAAAAAGCAGGAGCUCUGCCACCCACGUCGGAAAACGAAGAUCAGGGUCCAGUUAUUGUAGAGGUUACAAGUGACAAAGAGGUCUCCUCAGACAGGAGUACACCUGAGGCUGAGGAGAAAGAGUUUUCCUCCCCUACGGGUAAGGUUACCUCCUUUCCAAAAGGCCCGCCUUCAAGUGUACUCGACUCCCCGACAAAAAAGGACAUGGAUGACCGCAACCGAUCGGUCUUUUCCUCAACAACAUUGGCGAGACAAGAACCGGAUGCUUUCUCCAUCACAGCUUUCAAAGAAGAGAGCAAAAUGUCCAUUUCCGAAGGUAGCGCAUCCGACAAAUCCGGCACACCUCUGGAGGAAGUGGUUGCAGAGGACGUGUUUUCACAUUUAGCCUCAGCUUCCACCGCCUCACUCGCCACCAGCUCUCUGCCAGAGCCCACCACCGACUCCCCUUCCCUUCACGCUGAGGUCGGCUCUCCUCACUCAACAGAAGUAGAUGAUUCUUUGUCGGUUUCCGUCGGCCAGACGCCGACCACCUUUCACGAGGCGGAGGCAGCGUCCCCCUCCAAGGAGGACUGCCCUCGACCCAUGUCCAUCUCCCCGGACAGCUCACCAAGGACAAAAGUCAACACGCAGAUGCAUGACACAAAGUCGCCUGAACACUCUACCACGUCAAUGGAGUUUGGCCAGGAGUCUCCCGACCACUCCUUAGCCCUCGACUUUAGCAAGCAAUCUCCCGAACACCCAUCUGCAGGAAGCAACUCUCGCGCCACCGAGAACGGACCAACUGAGAUUACCGACAGCCCCUCGGAUGUUGUGAGACCAUCUGAGGAGCAAAUCUCAACAGCCGAGAAGCAUUUGCUUUUUGACGACGCCGAUUCGGCUCAUGCUGCGUCUGUGACCCCGUCAGACGCAUCCCAAUCCACUCCCUCAGUCACAACCCCGUGCCAAAUUACAGAGCUGACCCUGAUGGUUGAGCAGACGGAGGGGUCUCCAGUCACCCCAAAGGCAGCCUCUUUCACCCGUUCUCCCCAUUCCAGUGAGGCAUCCCCAGUUUCAGGAGAUCCCGCAGAAAGAGACAUCAGCCCCACGUCGGCCUUUGCGGAGCACAAGUUUGGCACACUGGAAAAACUGGACAAACCCUCUGAGCUGACUAAGGCGGCCUCUUUCACCCUCGCUCCCACCCAUUCUGCCCAUCCCAGCGAGGCAUCCCCAGUCUCAAGAGGUCCAACGGAGAGAAAAAGCCCCAUUUCACCAUCUGCCGAACACAAGUCUGACGCACAGGAAAAAGUUGACCAAUGCUACGAUAUGAUGAAGGCAGCCUCUUCCACCCACUCUCCCCCGCAUUCUCCCCGUUCCAGUCAGGCAUCCCCGGUCUCAGGAGGUCCUAUGGAGAAAGACAUCAGCCCCGUUUCACCGUCAAUGGAACACAAGUCGGAUGUGCAAGGGAAACAUGACAAACCCUCCGAAAUCACUUCCCUGUCAUUGUCAUCAUCGUGGUUUUCAGAUGAAGGGAAACCUUUCCCAGAAAAAGAGACCAACCCAUUUAUAUGUGAAGACUCACGAUUCAAGAAAUCUCCCGGGAGCCCUAAAGCCCCUUCCCCGUCUUAUCUACCUCCGUCGUCACAACCGUACGCUACCAAUGCAGCCUGCAGCUUCGGAGAGCCAGAUUCCUCCAAGAUCAGUCCGUCUGGCGUGUCCAGGGCAGAUGUUGACCUCUGUUUAGUCACCUCGUGUGAAUACCGUCAUCCCAAGACAGAACUCUCACCGUCUUUCAUCAAUCCCAAUCCCCUUGAAUAUUUCAUCAAUGAGGAGAGCGCCCCGGAGGAAGAGAAGCGUCUCGAGACGGUGGGAGGAGGACCGCCGCCUCCAGGGGGGAAGCUUCCCGCCAAGCAGUGUGAGGAAACUCCUCCCACGUCUAUCAGUGAAUCUGCCCCCUCGCAGACCGAUUCCGAUGUUCCACCAGGUACAGAGGAGUGCCCCUCAAUCACGGCAGAUGCUAACAUUGAUUCGGAGGACGACUCGGAGACUCUGCCCGCUGACAGAACCCUCGCAUACAGGCAUGCGGAUCCUCCUCCAGUGGCGCUCAGGGACUCGGCUCCAUCCGUGGGCCCCCGUGAUGUCUGCAUGGUUGACCCGGAGGCCCUCAAGGCUGAAGAAAACCGCCACAAUGCUAACACAGAAGCUGCGGAAAAGCCCAAGAAGAAAAAGCUCACCAAAAAGGCCUCCUCGCCGGCACGGAAAACCAGUCUGUCCAAAGCGAAGGACUCAAAGAACGCCUCUCCGAAGAAGAGUCUCGGAGAGGGGAAAGAAGCCAAAAACGCAACCAAUAAGUCGGCAUCUCGAGGUACCGGCGGGAAGGCGUCGAGUGUGGCCUCCGUACCCAACUGUCCUCCCAUGUACAUGGAUUUGGUUUACAUCCCCAAUCACUGCAGUGCUAAGAACGUGGAUGCCGAAUUCUUCCAGCGGGUGCGCUCCUCUUACUACGUGGUCAGUGGCAAUGACCAGACGUCUCAGGAGCCCAGUCGGGCUGUCCUCGACGCUCUGCUUGAAGGGAAAGCCCGCUGGGAAAACAAUAUGCAGAUCACGCUGAUACCGACCCACGACACGGACGUGAUGAGGGAGUGGUACCAGGAGAGCCACGACAAGCAACAGGAACUGAACGUUAUGGUCCUGGCCAGCAGCAGCACAGUAGUCAUGCAGGACGAGUCCUUCCCGGCGUGUAAGAUAGAAAUGUAGGACGGGGUCGUUCAUUCCGGAAGCCCGUCGCCGUGACGACGAGAGAACGCACGCGAACGAUGUAGCCUGAAAACAUCAAAUAAAACACCCACGAUAACACAAAUUCAAUUUCAACUCACAACUUUUCCGAGGAACUGUUCAAACAGCCUCGGAUGAUCACAUUUUCGGUGCAAGAAAUGCAAAAGUUACACGAAUUGAUUGUCACGGUCUCCACCCAACACUAUGACGGACGGUUGAAGAAAGAAGAUCUUUGCCUUACUGGGAUGUGUAGUCACGAAUGUAACCGACAAACAGAACCCUAACGACACACUUAACAGACAAGCAUCCUCCGGUGGCCGCGCUUUUGGGAACGCAAAGGCCAAAAGCCUGUGCUGAGGUUUUGUAAAAUAGUCAUGAAUAACUGUGUGCAUGAAUUAGCAUUAGCUUUGUUCUAAAACGAGGAGUUUUCCUCAGACUUCCGUGAAGAAAAACAGGGAUUUGGAGUUUGGAGUUUGGAGUUUGGGGGUGGCCUUGAUAAAGGAAUGGCCGUAGUUGAGGCAGUUGUAAUUUUGGGUGCAGAUUUUGCGCUAAUUGACCUUUCGCAUAGACACGCCCGGGAAGCGCAGACCGGCCAAUCACUUAACUCUCGACGGUCGUCUGCAUCGUCAUUUGAAUCCCGACAGGAAUCCAUUUCGUCUGCAAGGAUCUUAGUCAUGUACUUGGAGUAUCCUUGAACUAAUGCUGCGCCAUUGUUAGUUAGCUCAUUAACAAAAAUGCUAGCCUACUGACGUGGGAUUCGGUUGCAAUGUGUGGGACCAGCGAAUUAGGGCCGUUUAAGCUAACAAGCAUAGCUACUUUGCUCGUUAACCACCAAUGCAACUUCUACGCUAUUCACAUGGAGGGCUGGUUACGAUGCUGGAUCCGAUGGCGUUAGUCAGCUCGGACCAGGAAAGCCAACCAGGCAGGCUAGCUGCUUGGAUCAUUAGUCAAAAAUGCUACAGCUAUGCUACUCAUGUGAGCCCUAGUUAUGAUCUGUGGCGCUAGCAAACCUCUCCAGCUAAGCUAACAGGGUAGCUACGUGUGAUGACCUUCACCCUACUCCUUGAAUCCAAACACUUAUUUAUUUCGACGAGGCGUUUCUUGAAAAAUGCUUGGGGUUAGCGCUUGAACGCUAAAUUUUGGGGGCUAAAUGCGUCCAGUUUCUAGGUGAAUUAGAGUGAAUGAUAAUAUGCAACGCCAAAAAUGGACACUUAAAACAUAACGUUGAUGGCGGUAAACGUUCGUAAGACACCCGCAAUGCGUACAAAUCUACAUUUUCUUGUAGUUUUACCCCCUCCCACGUGCUCUAAAGACACUUUUGAAGUAUUCUUUAGCACCUUUUUUUUUUUUCACUUUCUUACUGUCAAGAAAUGGGAAACUAUCCUGUAACAUCAUUUUCAGGAAAUUGAAAGAGAACUUGUCGACACAGUUCCACAAAUAGCGAGGGUCCUCUGGACAUUUUACAAACCGAAAGGUUUCAACAAACCACAAUAUAGCGAAGGGUCGCUAGCUUCAUGCUAACAAUGAAUGUGAAAUGCCGUAGUUUGGCUAAUGGAAAUUAGCAUAGUUGCUGCGGUGAUUCUAAACCUUCAAAAGAACUGCUACUCUACACAACACAAACAGUGCAUACAAUAAUACUCACAGUCAUACAUUAAAUAACCAACAAUAAAUAUAAAUUGGGAUUUGCCUGCAUGCUGUGAUAACCCACGAAAAAACGGAUCGCUUAAAAAUCUGCGACACAGUGCGCGCCGGAACGAUAAACCGCGACUACUGGAGGAAUAUUCCCGACCGCUGGGCUAUUCCAACUCACCGGAUAUGUCUUAAAUAAAAAUCCGUUAUUCAUGAUUGCGACAAGUUUAAAUGACAGUACAGCAAAAGUCUCACUUC